CAUUCACCCAUUGAAUUUCAUUCAUUCAGUCCAAAAAAGUAGAAACUUCUUUUUUCUAACGAACAAAGUGAUUUAAAUUUCAAUCAACUGACAAUGUGAUUGUCACAUUUUAGAAUAAUUUUAAAUAGUGGCCAAUUUGGAUUGAACGUAGAUAAAAACCAAAGAAAAAUUAUCCCACUGUUUCAAUGACAUCGAAAUUGCGCCAAAAUAUUUCCACAUUCAUUUGGUAUUUUUGUAUCUAAAUUUAGAAAAAUCACAGUUAAUUUUCAGUGGUAAUUUUUUUUUGCCGUUUGUGUAUCCAAGUGAAGAGCAGUGCGAGCAAGAUGUUUGUUCAUAGGUGGCUAAUGUUCAUCGUGCUAAGCAGCUCUACAAUACACAUUGUACAAUGCUCUUUUUUCGAUUAUUUCAUUCCACGCCGAUCAAAUUUCUUGUCCGGCACUGAAGUUGACUCACCGGUUGUUCCGUAUGAAAUUGCAACCAGCGAUGAGAAAUUCUUACAAGAAGCUUCAAAACUAAUCGGUGUGAAUUUAUCCGAGCUGGACUUGUGUCAUCAUCGAGUUGUUUUGAAAUUGCGAAACUCUUGUCAUGAAUUAAAUGCCGAACAAGUGGGAAAAUUGGCUGUAAUGUUGUUGAAUUGUCAAUCGAAUUCAGAAGGACGACCGUUGUUUGAAUGCACUGAAAAUAUGUCGCUCAAAGAUUGUACGUCCGGCAUGGAUUCAGACACCUGGAAUGCAUAUCAUUUAAUUACAAAUCGAGCGAAAGCCGUAUGCGUUGCCACACGUCAUGAACAAUUCAGAGGUCUCACUGAAAUAACAGUGAAUAAACUUAUGUCGAGUGCUCAACAUCAAAUUAUAAUGCUAAAAAAAUUGUCGGAAAAUCAGAAUGAGCUGCAUGAAUUAACGUCACAAGCAAUGGACGAUUUUACGAAGAAAAACGAAAAAGUAAUCGACCAACAAAAGGAGAUUCUUCAAGUAUCCAAUUCGCAUCGGGCUAUUGUGGAAGGAAAUUUGCAUGAGUUAAUGCGAGAAAAGGGACUGAUUCGUUCGGGUCAAGUCGAAGUCGCACGUCUGAUUGAAACGCUAAAAGGAAAAUUGGACGAAAGUCUGGCCAAUCUAAAGGUACAAUCACGUCAAAUGAAAGAUAAUCAAGCUGCCUUAUUAGAAGAUCUAAACAAUCUUCAAACCAACGCCUUUCACAUAUCGGAUAAAUUAAGUGAUACCUCGGAGUAUAUCCUAUCGCAAAAUGAAAUUGCCUCAACUCAAUUCGACCAGACAAUUCAACGCUUGAGUGAAAUCAAUCAUACGAUCGAGAAGCUUCAAAAAUUGAUGACAACGUUAGAGAGUAGUGUUGAUGAUAAAUUGACGUGGAUUACCAGUAAAUUGGGUGGUGCAGAUGAGGCAUUGAAAAACAUUUAUUUAAUUCUCCAAUACAUUGGCUAUCUACUAUUCGGCAUGUUAAUAUUAGUAUUUAUAAAUGCGCCAGGAUUUUAUCGGAUAUUCUUCAUUUUUGCCGUUCCAUUGAAUUUUGCAUGCACACUAUGUGAAUGGCACUAUGUAAGCCUAAUUGAAUUAACACAGAUUUUAGUCACUGUAUUUGCAUGCAAUUUGAUUCGGCAAAUGUUAUGGAAUAUGAAGAGUCCGUUUGCAUUGAACAAGAAAACUGGAUCGCAACAUACCAAAGAAAUUCCACAAAAUCAACCGGAGACUGAACGGGAAGCAUCACAAGAAAAGCAAUACAAUGAAUUCGAUGGAAAUGAUAAUAACAAUGAUUACAGCUACAAUCAUUUGAGCGCAUUCAAAAAUCGACAUCGCGAAUAUAUGCGCGAACAAUCAAUGACACCGUCGGUGGCAAGCAAUCAAAGUUUUGAUGCUCGUGGCCUGACACCAUUUACCUCAACAUUAAUGGAUCGUACACGCUGCAUUUCACUCACCGUCAAAGGAGACCAAUGCCGUAAUGCGGCGGUUACGAACCAAAUCUAUUGCCGACGACAUGAAAAGUAGAUAAUUAAAAUACAUACAUUCACGCUUUUACUUAUAAACAACAGAAUAUUUUCAUACCAGUGAACAAAUUUUACCACAAUCAACGAUACUACCUUUAAGAUAGUUAUAAGUUUAACGUAAAUUUAAUUUAUAAAUAACAUAAUUUAUUUUGUAGUAUUGUGAAAUUGGCACGACUUAAAUCCAGUAUAUUUAAAUUUUAGGUAGACAUUUUUUUUAACA